GUCGUAUCAUAAUUUGAGGGUUCUUCUAGUUCGACUUCACGUCUUUUUCUUUAAUAUUCUUCUGUUCUUCAUAUUUAAUCGUAAAUCGUAACUCGUCAUAGGUAUUAUACGGAUACGAAUUACCAAUACUUUACGUGUAUACAAUAUUCCUCAUUCAAUUUAAUAGAAUAUUAGUUGAAGUGCUCACUACUUGUACUCGAUUCAGAGUUUUAAACCAUUCAAAAGUACACGUUACAAUUUUUAAUUACAAACAAACGUAAAUAUGAUUUAUCACAACGUUUAAAUAUUAUGUAGCCCCACGGCCAAUACACAAUUUAGUGCCGCCCAUCAAUACACAAUCUCUCGUCAAUUAUCUACUGCUAAAAUAAAUGGAUCCUCUUAGCGACGAUACUAUCCCUUUCGGAGAGGAGAACACAGCAAAUUCUACACAAUUACCGCAUCCGUAUGUAACAUUUUUUCACUUGUUCUUCAGAGUGACUGCUGUUUUCAUCUAUUUUUUCGGAAGAUUAUUUACUGAAAGCUUUAUCACAUUAUUUGUUCUUAUAAUUUUGUUAUUAUCCAUGGACUUUUGGAUUGUGAAAAACAUUACUGGUCGUAUUAUGGUUGGACUGAGAUGGUGGAAUUAUGUAGAUGAUGAUGGUGUUUCACAUUGGGUUUACGAAUCAAAAAAGGGAUCUGUGCAGCAUCGAGUAAACUCUGGUGAAUCUAGGAUAUUUUGGGCUGGACUAUGGUCUGUCACUGGAAUGUGGAUUUUAUUUUUUAUCACGUCAUUAUUUAGCAUUAAUUUUAAAUGGAUGUUAUUGGUCUGCAUAGCAUUGACUUUAAACAUUGCAAAUUUGUAUGGCUAUAUAAAGUGCAAAGGAGGAAAUCAAGAAAACCUGGGCAUUUCUUCAAUGGCCAGUAGUUUUAUUUUUCAAAACAUUGGAAAAGUAAGAGAGACAAUGUCAAGCUUAAAUAAUCCUCCAAGCAGUCCACCAAAUAUAAAACCAACUGGCAUUGUUUAAUACUUAAGAAAAUAUGAAUUUAUUUUUACUUUAACCGUAUGGCUAAAUGUAAAUUAUACUUAUGUGUAUGUAUGAUUACCAUUAUGAUUAUUAUAAAUAUAUUAUGAUAUUAUAA